AUGUUGUCAACCUUCCCCUGUAUUCGCUUCGGCCUCCUCAUUGGAAUUGCCGGUGGAAUACCGAGCGAAAAUGCAGAUAUUAGGCUUGGGGAUGUUGUGGUUAGUACGCCAACGACGACUCAUGCGGGAGUCGUGCAAUAUGACUACGGAAAAGCCUACCCGGAACACUUCCAGAGAACUGGAAUGCUGAACAAGCCACCCGAAAUCUUAUUGACUGCAGUUUCAAAGUUACGUUCAAAGCAUCUUCGUGAGAAAGGCAUGAUCCAACAGUUCCUGUCACAAAUGAUCGAGAAAAAUCCCCACAUGAGCCAAGAGUUUGGAUUUGGCGGAAGGCAAGACCACUUGUUCCGAGCAGACUACCGCCAUCUAGAAUCAGAGGCGACAUGUGAUAAAUGCGAUAGAUCGCAACUCGUUCCCCGAAAGCAGCGCACAAGCAAUUUGCCGAAAAUUCACUAUGGGCUUAUUGCUUCGGCGAAUCAAGUGAUGAAGGAUGCAGCCUCUCGAGACAAGCUUGGUCGUGAAUUAGGAGCGUACUGCGUGGACAUGGAAGCUGCCGGAUUGAUGGACCACUUUCCAUGUCUGGUCGUCCGAGGAAUCUGCGACUAUGCGGAUUCUCACAAGAACAAAGAAUGGCAAGGUUAUGCAGCAGCUACCGCUGCUGCAUAUACCAAGGAGCUGUUGAUGGGGAUCCCGGAGGAAGAAGCAAUUCAAAAGUGUGAGGGCUCUCUCAAAGAUACAUAUCUCCCUCGUAUAGGCUCUGAGCAUCACGAAUUGCUUCGCACAGAGGGUGCUUAUAUCAGCUCCGCAACAGGCAGUGAAGGGCAAAUGAUAAAUCCAGUGGCACCUCAAGAAACAGGACAGAUUUUUCUUCAGCCUACUUCAACCAGACAUUCACAAGCUUUCAGUGCAUCUUCCAGGUUGUCACCAUGUGAUCCAACUUGUGGUUGCAUCUGUCACAAAAUCCGAACCCGAAGGACUUGGGGGAUUCUUCGUCCUUUGCAGAAGUGGGUCGGCCGUCUCUACAUUGUCACCUCAAGAUCCCCGGACACUUCAUACUGCCAAUACCAUUGUCGGAAUGGCGGACAACGGAUCGUCGAGAUUCACUAUUCGUGUCCAGAUUGGUUCUGGCAGGCGACUAUACACGCUUUGCUUAGAAAAUCCCCGCUUGGAAGUCCUUCAUUCGGGCUCGCUUUCAGACGACGAGUUGGAUACUGGGAAGAACACAGUAUUACCCGUCUGGUAGAUGAGCGCGAUAUAAUCACGAUGCAAACACUGCUAGGUCAGGGAAAGAUCUUCAUCGAUGACCUAGAGCCGGAACACGGUGGUACCGCGCUUCAACGAGCAAUCCAAUUACAAGAUAUAGAUCUCAUAGAGUUCUUGAUCCAUCAAGGCGCGGAUCCCGAUAUUGCCGAUGAUCUGGGCACAUCUGCACGGGAUGAGGCCACCUUUUCUUUCCUCGCAUGCAGCCAUAACGAGAUAUAUUGGGAAUGGCACGAAAAUCGACUGCAGAGCAUCAUCUCGAUUGGCUCGCAUCUUGAUGAAUGGAACCUCUCCUAUCUUCAUAAAAUUAUUCUCAAGAUUCACCUCACCGACCUUCGGGAGGCCCUCCAGGAUAGAACGAUUUACUCGCAGCUGGAGAGCCAAGAUCAGCAAGGACGAACUCCUCUUCAUUGGGCUGCCAUCCGAGCCGACGCGGAUGCUGUCCGAAUUUUAAUCAAUGCAAAGGCCAACGUCAACACCAGGGACAACUAUCAUAAAACACCUCUCCAUUUCGCAUCCGAGACAUCAAGCUUUGAAUGCUUUGAGCUUCUCCUUAAAGCCAAGUCGUGCCCAACCGCCCGCACUCUCAUUGGAGAGGAGCCAAUCCACAAGAUAUGCCGAAGCCAGGCAGAUCCGAUUUUCUUAAUAAAGCUCCUGGAGUUCGAUGUUGACGUGAACUCACGAGCAGGUGAAAUUGAUGGGGUCACUCCUGUGACAUCAGCAAUUAGUGGAUGUCGGCCUGGUAUUCUCGACGAGCUCAUCAGGCAAAAUGCAGAUUUAUCAAUGGCUGAUCGGGAGGGCGACACGGCCUUAUUUGAGGCGGUGGCGUGUGAUUCGAGUGAAUGCUUGAAGGUUCUCCUACAAAAUCAGGCGCCAGCAAACAUCUUGCAUGUCAACAAGCGAGGCAUGACGGUUCUCCAUAUGGCGGCGUUGUAUCCAAGUUUGGAGAUUUUGGAGAUUCUCGCUGACGCAGACUUAUAUGGACUUGACCCAGAUGCCAAGGACAACGAGGGUUGUACGGCACAAGACCGAUUCUCCGCUAAUGCUUGCGGUGAUUUGCGAAAAGCAUUUGACAAAGUCCUUGGAAAUCUCCAUAGUGCAAUGCAUGCUGUGGAUGAUUCAGCCCAGGGCAACAGGGAUCAGUUUCCUGACUGUGAUGACUAA